AUGGCGCCUGCGAAAUCAUCUACCGGCGGCAAGGACAUGUACUCGGUCAUCCUGCCUACCUUUAACGAGCGCCAGAACUUGCCCAUCAUCACCUGGCUCCUGAACCGCACAUUUACCGAACAGAACCUCGACUGGGAACUUGUCAUUGUGGACGACGGCUCCCCAGACGGAACCCAAGAGGUCGCCGCCCAGCUCAUCAAGGCCUACUCCCCUCACAUCCAGCUUCGCCCUCGCACCGGCAAGCUCGGCCUCGGCACCGCCUACGUCCAUGGCCUCAAGUACGCCAAAGGCAACUACAUCGUCAUCAUGGACGCCGACUUUAGCCACCACCCCAAGUUCAUUCCCCAGAUGAUUGAGAAGAUGAAGGAGGGCGACUACGACAUCGUGACGGGCACCCGCUAUGCCGGUGACGGCGGUGUGUACGGCUGGGACUUGAAGAGGAAGCUGACGAGCAAGGGCGCCAACAUCUUUGCGGAUACCGUUCUUCGGCCUGGAGUGAGCGACUUGACGGGCAGCUUCAGGCUGUACAAGCGGGCCGUGCUGGAGAAGCUGUUUGAGAGCACGGAUGCGAGAGGGUUCACGAUGCAGAUGGCGCUUGCUGUGACGGCCAAGGCGAAGGGGUAUUCUAUCGGAGAGGUCCCGAUUUCUUUUGUGGACAGAGUGUACGGUGACAGCAAGCUGGGCGGCGAGGAGAUUGUAGAGUAUGCCAAGGGGGUGUUGCAGCUUUGGUGGUCCAUCUAA